GCCGGUUGAGGCUUUGCUCGGUCUUCGCCACUCGCGGACUAGAGCUCGCAGCAGCCGGAGCUGGAGUCACGUAACGGCUGUUUUUUCGACAGUUUUAAACAUCCGAGGAGGCAUGGAGAUGUAUGGGCCCGAGCGAAAUAAAAUAAUUCGACGUAUUUGCUUCCGUACUUCGAUGUGUAAGUCAUUAAUUCAUGGAUAAGCAGCAAUUUUGUUUAAUCGUGUACAAAUGUUAUUUCGGUUCCUGAAAUAGCGGAUAUUCCGUGUUUUCCCGCCGCCCCCUGAGCUUGCAGGGAGCAGUGGGCAAAACAAACAAGUCGAACGGAGGAAGAUUGGUAGCCGGUUGGAUGUAGAGGUUGUUUAGCGGCGAACGAAUCGUUUCGUGUUGUCGGCUUUUGUUGGGUGCUAAUUCCGAGUUUUCCUUCAGUGUUCGGUGCUUUUCAGUACGGUGCAUUUAGUACGCUGUUCGGAGUUUUUGCUUACCGAGUAUGUUGCCGCUUUCUAACAUUUUAUCAGGGCGCGUAGUCUACCCGCUUCGGUUUUGUGUUUUUGUCAACGUUGAUUACCGGUUAUAAUUCGACGUUUAAUGAUUUAAAUUAACCGGCAAACGGCUCUGAAUUUGGUGAGACACUUUUAAACAUGCAUACAAGGCGUUUAGUGAAACGUUCGAUCCUCGGUAGUCGCGUUUAUGCGCCGAGUCCGACGGGGGACGGUGCCCCGGUGACAGGAGUGGUCCAGGCUGUCAAGCAGGAAAACAGAGACGUUUCGGCUGUAGACACCCGGCGCAGCGUCUACACUGUGCUAAUGCAGGACGGGAGCCUCAAGGAGUUCUCCGAGGAGGAGAUAGCCGCGGGGUUCAACCACACUGCAGCCAAAGGACCGCUUAAGUCCAGCAUGAAGCAGAGCUCCAGUAACGGAGCUCCAGAAAGCCAUAAGGUGGAAGGCGGCCCCCUUAGUCCAGAGGCAGUGGAGGAGCAGCGGGUGGCGGACGGCAAGCGUGUUGGCCGGGACCCCGACACCCGAUCCGUGUCACUGCUGGAGCAGAAACGCAAAGUGGUCUCCUCCAGCAUUGAUGUCCCUCACGCCAGACGGUCAGAGGAGGAAGUGGACAUGGACAAGGUGACGGCUGCCAUGGUGCUGACAACCCUCUCCACCAGCCCCCUGGUCAGAAGUCCACCUGUUAAAGUCAAUGAAGGUCUGAGUGGUUCGUGGAAGGACAACGGCUCAGCUGGCCCCUUCACCCCAUCGAGCAACAGUUCUUCAGGGGGCUAUUGGAGCUGGUCUGCCCCUAGUGACCAGUCCAACCCUUCUACACCUUCUCCACCUCUCUCGGCCGACAGCUUCAAGCCCUUCCGUGUGUCUAGUGUGGGUGGUGUGGGAUCCUGUCCUGCAGGGCCUGAAGACCCCAGCUUAGAUGAGCAAGACGGCAGCAGCCUGCUCUUUGAUGAGCCCAUCCCUCGCAAGCGCAAGAACUCCAUGAAGGUGAUGUUCAAGUGCCUGUGGAAGAACUGUGGCAAGGUGCUGAGUACCGCUGCUGGCAUCCAGAGACACAUCCGCACCAUCCACCUGGGGCGUAACUGUGACUCGGACUGCAGUGAUGGCGAGGAGGACUUCUACUACACAGAGAUCAAGCUCAACACCGACUCGGUGGCCGAUGGGCUGAGCAGCCUGUCCCCUGUGUCUCCGUCCGUCCUCUCUCCCCCUCCUCCUCCCCCCUCUCCUCUCCCGGCUCUCAGCCAGCUGUCCGACUCCCACAGACCUCCACAGUACUCCGACACCAAGGAGCCUCACGCUGGCGGCACCACCCCGCUCAGCCGCUCCGCGCCCAGCGCACUCUACCUCAUCCACACGGAUCACGCCUACCAGGCCACGGCUCCAGUGUCCAUCCCGUCCAGCAGCAGUAACACGACUAGCUCCGCCUCCACCAGCUUCACUCCCACCAACAGCUUCAGCAUCUCCUGGCAGUCACCGCCCGUCACUUUCACCGGGACCGCAGUGUCCCCCAGUAAAAGCCAUGGCUUUGGCGAGCAGCGCUCCCAGACCAUCGCCGUCCUCUCAUCCCCUCCAAGAGCCACCACUGCCAUCAGUCGGAAGGUGCGCGGUGAGGGCAAGAAGUGCCGUAAGGUGUACGGGAUGGAGAACCGUGACAUGUGGUGCACCGCCUGCCGCUGGAAAAAGGCCUGCCAGAGAUUCACCGACUGAACGCUCCCCACCAACCUCACAGCGCACCACCCCGGCCACUGCUGCCUUUCGCCACAGAAAGGGGCAAGGGGCAUCGUUUUGCAUGCAUUCGGUUUUCUUCAGCUCAAAAUCACAACUCUCCGUCAAACGCCGUCGCUGCCCCUGACGUGCCCCCACCACGCGCGCGCUUCACUGAACGCCAGCUGUAGAAGGAACCAAAAGACAGUGGAGUCCAGGAUUUCUAGUACUGCCUCGCCAUUCCCAGUUUUGGGAAACCCCAGGGCAGCUAAACAGUGUAAAGAAAAAAUAGAUCUAAAGAUUUCUCUUGUUUUUUACGUUAUGUUCAGUCUUGCAUCUUUCUAUGUUUUGUAAAGCUCUGGUUUCUAAACGAGAGGUCAAGUCAAAGAAGGGGUCCGGAAAAAAAGGCCAAAAGCUUUUUUAUGUUUUGUCAAAAGAAAAAAAGGAAUUCUUCACUUUUUUUAAUCCAAAAGAAGAAUUCAGUUUUUGAAGACUGGAGGUAAAAAGCAUGGAGGUAAAGCUCACAGUUUGUGUUGCUUCUUCAACUUGUUCAGCUCUUUUGUUUUAUUUCUGGACUGUUUGAGGUGAUCUUUUAUCACUGACAUCACAUCUUCUCCCGGUUCCUCACCUGUUCUUCACUCCUGACAGCCCCGGGCGAAUGUACAGCAGAGUCGGGAAAGGCAGGUUGACGUGUUGAGAAAGUGAGGAAUAGAGACAACCAGGGAGAAUGAUCAAUGCAACAAAGAUACAUUUUUCAGACAGGAAAAGCAGAUGGACCAUGCCAUUUAUUUACCACGUGGAAGGUACAGCACAGGUAUUCCCCUACAAUCAACGCAGAAGGCGGGAACUGUUUUCUAUGUCGCUUUUUUAACCAGUUUAUUCCUUUUCUUUGUUUUAUCAGGGAUGUGAUUCUAAAGAAAUCAAAAACCAGCAGCUUGGGUUUAUACUAUAUACAGCACAGUCUCAAUAGCUUCUCUUUCAUUACACAUGACAACUUUGCAACCAAAUACUCCUUUAUCUUAUUCUAAAUGUAUUUGGUUUUUGUAAAGGUGUUAACCAUGUUUACUGUUGUUGAUGUAUUUUUUUUUCUCUCUUUUGGUGACACCAAGACUGUUUACCAACCACCUGCUAAAGAAAGUGUGUUAAAAGACCUUCCUGACAGCAGUGGAAGCUUGAAGUCAGCAGCGUGGAGGCCAUACAAAGAUAACCAUCUUUCACCACAUACAGAGAGACCGAUUGCCCUCCUCCUCAAGCAACUUUGACACAUUCCCAAAGGGAACAAAAUCUCUUUGUGUUUACGUACGCCACAGAGGCGCAUCUCGAUGAUCCAAAGGGGGAGGGCUGAAAACCAAAAGUGAGGCACUUGCACUGUACGUGUGUGUAAUGGAGCACUUGGUAUGUUUGUGGUUACUUCUUGAGGUGAAAACGUUUCUAUCUUCCACUAGCCCCCUUCAUUACCAACUUAUUAUAAAAGGAAGUAAGAGCAAAAAAAAUAAGUUGCUACUCCCCUUAUUGGAACCAAUGUUUGCUCCAACAGUGUUGGGUCUAAUAAGUUAUAAGCACUAAAUUAGGUCACUCCUUUGUUGUUUGAUGUGCACUGCACACUUUAUUCACUUGGCAACAUGCAAGCUAAGUUUUGACUCCAGCUUUCACCAGCUUCAGCUAACCUUGUAAAUUAUGAGGUCAAAAGUGGGAUUGGUGAAACAAAAUCUGAUUUGUCAUUUGAAUGUGUUCAUAUGAAUUCCAGCGUGCUCGUUGUCUCAAAGGCAGGAAACAAAAUCACAUGACCAAAUACUUGACUUAAUGUUUACUCUGUUGUGAUAAAUGGCCCCAACUCUUUUGUCACCCGCGGCUGUGUCCUACUUCAUUACAAUGUGCUGAAAUUGAUAGAAAUAUCCAACAAAUGUUUCUAUCAACAGGCACGUUGUGAUUCUGUUCCUGCAUUUACUCUCUGCAUUACAUGAAAUUUGCUUGCACGAUGAAAUCUUGGCAUUUCUGUCACGCACACACACAAUCAUUUUACCCCAGAAUUAUUCAAAACCAACACCAGCUAAUAAACGCCCAUACUCGCCUGUUUAAUAUACAAUACAGUACUUCCGCAACUAAAAAAAUUCUUCUUUUGCCUAUUUUUUUUGUCUGUUCAUGUACAUAUGUAGUUCUUGUAUUUUCUCUGAGCUCCAGUUUAUGACCAGAUACCUUGGUCAUAACAUUUGCCACCUUAUGAACAAGACAGGUUCAACCAUGACAUUGAGUUAGGAAAUAAUGUACCGUACAACCUUUAAAAAAAAUAAUUGUGCUUCUUCCAUGCCGUUACAUUGAUGCUUCAGUGAGAAGUAUUUAGAUUAUCUCUGAACUAAUUUGCCAUUGUAUUAUGUGAAUUGUUUAAGAAAAGACAAAUCUAUAUAUAUACAUAAAGAAAAAACGUGUUAGAAUUUAAAGUCAAAGCAAAAAAGACUGAUUCUUUUUUUCAUAUAUAUAGAGUAUAUACCUGGAUAUAUAUGCUGUUGAUACAUUUUGUUUUCAUGUUCUGCUGAAGGAAAUGUUGGUGGGUAACUGUAGGAGGGAACCCGCUUAUAAUUCUCCCCGCAAGCCAAGCUUGUUAUGCUUGUUUCAGUGAGUGUGAAUCGCACGCUCCCUUCUGGAGCUCCUUCACGUCACCCACCCAGCGCUGCUAAGCAGAAAUCAACAGUUGAAUAAAACCUAAACUCUUAUUUUCCCUUUCUCUUUUCCCGGAGCCGCGCAGGCCCUCUUGCAAUUAGUUUGAUCGACAUCUCUGUGUGAUUGCGCUCUGUAUAAAUGUGAAGGAGCCCCAGGCAAAGUAUGCGAGCUGCCACUGAAGCACGGUGGUCUACCUCCCCCCCACCCCCAAACCCCCUAAGCAGUGCCCUUCCACCCAAGCAGUUCCACUACAUUAUCAAAUGGCCUGUGGCGAUUUCCUGUCAAGCUCCUGACGAAACAACACUUUGGGGUCCAAGGAGGUUUUUGUUGGUCCACACAUCAAUGGCUAGAUUUUUUUUUUAACUCCAUGCAUUUACAACUGCCCUUUCUCCAUUAUUGUGAUGCCUCAUGUUUGUGUUCGGACCAUCUCCUUCAUUGGUAGUUGGGGAAAUCUGGCUGAUCAGAUUCUGUCCAGGUGCAAGUCCCUACUGUAUUUCAGAUCAUAGAGAUGUUUUGGCGAGACUGGAUAUUUUAAAUGGCGGCAUCUCCAGGCAGCUAGUAAUAUGAUUUGGCCAAAAUAAGCUCACACCCUUGUUUAGGGUAAAUCCAAAUCCUCAAAAGGAUAUUUGCUGCCAUUCUUAAACCUGUCCAUCUCUUCAGUAAGGAACUCACUAGUUGCUAGUUGUACUGAGGUUAUCUUAAUCCCAUUCACUGCCGAUGGCACAAAGAUGACGUUAGCAUUAAGGGGCUCUCAAAGGCACCCAGGUUUGUCUUUGCAUAAUGUAAACACUGGUGCUGUGGCCUCGGCAGGGGAGAAAUCAAGGUACUAUAAUCCAAUGCAGUGCUGUUUCUCCUAUGUUGUCCUCCGAUCAUAUUAACUCCAUUUUGUACACAAUGUUAUGCUGUAGAACAUGAAAAUAAAAAAACAUCCUGCCUCAAGCCUA